CAUUUUCCUGCUCUACUGCGCAUGCGUACAACGACACGUGGGUGGGUUACCUUAAUAGUCCUUUAGCUACAGGUGUCUUUCAUCUCGUCAAAAUGCAAAGGGUUCUCCUUUUAGGCUCUGGAAGGACCUGUCCUCCACUGGUGGAGCUCCUGACUAGAGAUAAAUGCGUUCAAGUCACAGUUGCCUCUAAUGACGCCUCUCAGGCCGAGAGUAUGGCCAGGAGCUACCCAAAUACAACUGCAAAGCAUUUCAACCUCUCCCCAGACUCUGAUCUCUCUCAAUUAAUAAAAGACCAUGACUUAGUGAUGAGUUUAGUUCCAACGACAUUACACACAAUAGUAGCUAGACAAUGCAUUGACGCUAAGACCAACCUGGUAACUGCUAGCUACGUCAGUCCAGAGCUAGCGUCCCUUCAUGACUCCGCCCAAGAGGCGGGUGUGGUCAUUAUGAACGAGUGUGGCCUUGACCCGGGCAUAGACCACCUGCUGGCAAUGGACUGCAUUGACAAUGUACAUAAGAACAACGGAAAGAUAUUGUAUUUUGAGUCUUGGUGUGGUGGCCUACCCCAUUCAUCUUUUGCUGGUAAUCCACUUAGAUACAAAUUUAGUUGGAGUCCAGCUGGUGUGUUAAUUGCAGCAUGUAACCCAGCCCGCUACCUUAAAGGAGGGAAAGUGGUUGAGAUACCAGCUGGUGGUGGGAUCAUGAGAGAAGUUAAACCAAUGAGCAAUGGAUUCAGUACCUCCCUCCCGCUGGAAGGGUACCCUAACAGAGACUCACUCAAGUAUAGGGAUCUCUAUGGUAUCCAAGAAGCCGAGACUGUCAUUAGGGGAACCUUGAGAUACCAGGGAUACUGUAAGUCGGUCCUUGCUCUGUUGGAAUUGGGUCUUCUUGACAAUGAGACCAUGCCAAGGCUCCAGCCCGAUGCUGCUGACAUUACUUGGAGUGAUCUAUUAGCAAUGCUACUAUCAAGAACUGAGGUUAGAGGUUCCAAUUUAAAAGAGUCAGUUUUAGAGGCUCUUCAAGGCGACAAAGAGAAGUAUCAAAUCAUUCAAGACCUUGGGCUCCUCUCUUCAACUCCAGUUAGCUUGGCUGGCACGCCAUUAAGAGCUUUGGCUUCUCACUUAGAGACAAUGCUGGAACUGGGUCCUGAUGAGUAUGAUACAGUGUUGCUCCAGCACAUUGUCGGCAUAGAAAAUUCAAAUUCAACUAAAGAAGAACACUGCAUCACGCUACAUAUGGACGGAGAUAAGAACGGCGACACAGCAAUGUCAAAGCUUGUCGGAAAGACGGCCGCCAUAGCUGCAAAAAUUAUAUUAUCAGGCCAGUAUAAACGUAAAGGAGUCCAGCGACCAUUAACACCUGACAUUUAUGAGCCAGCUCUUAAAGCUCUACAAGACGAAGGAGUCCAUUAUGACAUAAGUGUGAAGAAGAUGUAGGCGUAGAAGAAAGCCGGUGA